CUACUGAUGCGAAAUUCCAAGAAGAAUCUAAAUUAGUGACUUCAAUGUUUCCUAAUUGUGCAACACGAUCACAACACAGAAAUACGCUUGGGAUUUAGUCUAAUUGCAUUCCGCAAAUGGCGAUUGUGUGACUCCGUGACUCAUGAUAGCAUGAACAGUACUCAAACUGUACUUGUGAGUUGAAUUUGGAAGAGAAAUAAGUCGUGGCAUUGCCUGMUUGUCGGUUUACUAAUGAACUUUCCGAACAUUACUCAUCUUUAAAGAAUGAUGCAGUAGAUGUAGAUAUCAUUACCUCAGGUCACAUAAUGCAAGCAUGUUUCUUGUCAAGAGCAUUCGAGUCAGUAAAAAGUAUCUUCUCUUGGCUGUAGUUAUCUCUAUUCUCUUUUCACUACAUUUCUACCUUUUACCAAUUGCUAAUGGAGCGUACAACAGAGAAUGCUACCUUAAGGACGAGGACUUCGCAAAUUUACGCUAUGCAGUACAAAAGAUUGGACAGACCAUGACAAAACAUAACGUUACAUACUGGUUAGAUUAUGGGACAUUAUUGGGUGCAGUGCGACAGAAGGACAUAUUACCAUGGGAUGGCGAUGCUGACAUUUCAUAUCUACUUACUAGUGAUAAUGCUGCAUUUCAUAAAGAACUCUUUGAAAGAUAUGGCAUUAAUUCUAACUCUUUAAUAGCCUCUUACAAAGGACUUACUAUUGACUAUGUGAGGUGGAAAUCCAAAAAAGGACAGUGGGAUGGAAAAGAAACUACCCUACUCUUUAAAUAUUAUCCURAUUCUGUUUUAAAAAAUGAAAAUGUUAUAGUUUUACAUAGUCACAAACUCCAGACAUUCCCUAUGUCRUGGGUGGAACCUCGAAAAACAAUUGAUUUMCAUGGUGUGAAACUAUUUGUUCCUAAUAAUCCUAAGGAAUUUUUAAAACACAGAUAUCUCUUUACAUACUCUUUAGGACUUUCAUUUCCAUACAAGUGGAAGUGUUGGGUGCCUUGUUGGCUUAGGAAAGCUAAGGGUUGCUCUAUGACGUGACAUCCCCCAUGCACAAAUUUCCAAAUAAUAUAGAUUUAUACUAAAAGUACAGACUGCCAUGAAUAUGUUUUCAGCUGUUAAACACUAGUUUCUAUUUUUCUAAAAGCAAAAUCUAUUUAUUUAGUGCUAUUUAAUAAAACUAAAUACGCUAAGGACCAGGUUCAGUCAUUUUUUAAGUUUGAGUAUUUUGACCUCUGAAUUUAUUGACACCUCAUGGAUUUUGUUCAGUUGGACAAACAUAUUAUAACCCAGAAAUGUCAAUUGGUUCRGACUACAAACUGCAAAUGUCUAAACUGGGCCUUAGUGUUUUUCACAUCAGAUUUGUAAAAAAAUCCUAACAAAUAAGUACUUUUUGCAAUAUUAAUAUAAACUAAACUAUUUUAUGCAAACAAUAAAAAUUAUUAUUUUUUGA